AUGCGUCAAUUUAUCGUUUAUUCCGUGGUCGCACUCAACCUACUGAGCCCGACCGUGCUCGCGGGCGGCGUUCAAGGAUGCAUGGAGCGCGUGUUGGGCUAUCGCGCGCUCGAAGCGGACUCGCUUAAGCCAAAGGCCGACCGAAAAAUUGGAUGGAGAUGUACUGACUGGGAGGUCACGGACGCAGAGAAGCGGGAAGGGAAGUGCAAAGGAUCUUGGGAGCAGUUCAGCGAUGUGUACUCGGAUACUAGCUUCAACAACUUCAUGAAGUUCAUUGGCGAUCAACACGUGGAUGCCUCCGACUGGUUGAAGAAGAAGGCGGACGGCUCCAUCGACAUUGACAAAACAGCCUCCAACUGCUACAACAAGCACACCGCCGCCAAUGCCAAAGUCCGCAACUUCGAGGCGCACGAGGUCUUCAAGACGGAUAAUGAUCGAUUCGAAAGCUAUGUCGAGAAGCUAUCCGAUACGGUUAGCAAGGCGCCGGACGAGGUUCCUGACGCGGAUAAGGACAAAGCGAAAGACAUCAGAGCCAACUACUACGAGCUCUCGCAGCGCGUGCAGGAUGUGCGCGUUGGGGACCAUGGCAAGCAUCUCAUCAAGGAUGCCACCAAAAAGCUCAAAGGGCAACUAGACAUCGAGACGAGAACUCUAGGAAAAGAUCCGCUUAACACCAAUGUCGAUCUUAAAACAGUUGAUUGGGCAAAAACGGCCCAAAAGGGUAUCGCAAGCGGCAAGAGCAAGCAAGAGGUUCGCAAUCUCAUCGACGGCUUCAACAAGGAGUACUAUAAGAAGAGAAACCCAGCGGAGCACCGUUCUGUGGUACGCUCGUACAUCAAAGCUGGCGGGAAAGCAAAGAAGUGUAUUUAA